AUGUUCAUUACAUUCACUGUUUUCAUUUUAUUUUCGGUCUUUGAGGCAAGCAAAUCCGAAUCACCUAUUUUAAUAGAUCUGAUUCACCAAUUCAUCCCAGUGGCAAUUCAUAUACAUUUUGCCGAAGAGCUACAUCAAAAUGGCAACGAUUUAUUAAUAUCAGCAGAUCUCAAUAACAAAAUACAAAACCAUUUGAAAUCAAUGUUAAGCCAGCUUCCAAACUCCGAAGCAAUCAACAAUUUUCUCGACCAAUUUCCCUUGGACAAACAGGUAGAUGUGCAGAAAUCAUUGAAAGAAGCUCUGGCAAUUGGACUAUCAGAAAGAAUGAUUGAGAAACCAGCCGUCACCAAGCCACUUCAUCCAACUCUCAUCAGCCCUAAACGUUUGCAACAGAUUUUACCAGAUAAACUUCUAAGGGAAAUUCUCGAAGAACUAUUUCUGCGGGGUGGUUUAGAGCAUCUAUCACCUAAGCUUCGUCAAAAAGUGCAUGAACAAAUGGAACAACUCCGAAAUGCAUACGUUCUGCCAUCAGAUGCCAUGAUUGAAGAAUUCAUUCAACAUUUUCCAUUGGAAAUCAGACAAGAUCUUAAAGACAUUGCGGAUAAAACCAAGGCUACAGGACAUUUACCACGAGCAAAUGAUUCGUUGAGAUCUGAAAUACAGACAUCUUUCAAAGCCAAUGAUCGUCUUUAAUAAAAACAAAGACGAUCUACAAACAAGUCGCAGAAUCAGUCAACUUGGCUUCAAAUAUUUGUUUCCCGAACUCAGUUACCCAUAAACACGA